GUAAGGUCGAAGCCGGACGACAACGAAGCGGCACGCAACGGCACAAUGAGAGCUUCCUGGACUGCCACGCACCUCCUCUACCGCCAACAGCGCUGCUCCCUCAUCGCCCUGUGACGAGACGAACAAGGGAGGAAGAGAGAGCGAGAGGCUCCCAUGCGCUCCCCUUGAGCCCUGCCCGCUGGGGGAGGAGGCGACGACGAAACAGUUCCAACACUCUCGUUCUCGCCCGAGGAGAAGAGUUGACCGGGAAGGAGGAGGGGAGGGGGGGACACCACAGCUCAAGGAAGAGUGGGAGAAACCGACUGUAGAAAGGAAAAGAGUGUAAGAGAAACAGUGAGUGAGCAACAGAAAGAAGAAAAUAAGAACACAGUGAAAGGGCAAGGCUUUUUUUUUUUUAAGCCGGUUGGAGAGGGAGAGUAAAGAGGAAGGAAAAAAACACACCAUGUCUACAGUGAAGAGGCCAAGAGGAAGGCCUCGAAAGAAUGCCAAUGGUCCUGGUAGCCAGGUACGGGUCCUCAGUCCAACGCUGAAGAGUUCAUCAUCCUCCUCCUCUUCAUCUUCGUCUUCAUCCUCACCCAGCUCCUCAUCAGAGAAGAAGGCACGACGGAGGAAGCAUCAUCAGAUGGAGCCAGUUCUGCAAGAGAAGCAGGAAAAGGCUAAUAGGAUUAUAUCAGAAGCUAUUGCUAAGGCCCGGCAGAGAGGAGAGAAGAACAUCCCACGAGUCAUGAGUCCAGAGUGUUUUCCCGGCUCUUCGGCUCAGUAUAAGGCCCAUCAUAAAGGAAACGGCAAGGCCCGGUCCAAAGACAAGGCCUCUAGGAAGGCCUGCAUUGUGCCCUCUUCAAAGUCUAAGCAAAAGUCCAAGAUUGGGCGCAACUGCAUCCUGGCAGAUGAAAUGGGCCUGGGAAAGACCAUCCAGUCCAUCACAUUCCUGGAAGAGAUCCAUCGUAUUGGCAUCAAAGGGCCCUUCCUCAUAAUCGCCCCCCUGUCUACUAUCGCAAACUGGGAGCGCGAGUUUCACACCUGGACUCACCUCAACGUCAUUGUUUACCAUGGGAGCAUGAUCAGCAGGCAGAUGUUGCAGCAGUACGAGAUGUAUUUCAGGGAUGCUCAGGGUCGUGCGAUUCGAGGUGCAUACAAGUUCCAGGCCGUUAUCACCACGUUUGAGAUGAUCCUUGGAGGCUGUCCUGAACUCAAUGCCAUCGAGUGGCGCUGCGUGAUUAUUGACGAGGCCCAUCGUCUGAAGAACAAGAACUGCAAGCUGCUAGAGGGUUUUAAGCUCAUGAACCUGGAGCACAAGGUCCUGUUGACGGGUACCCCUCUCCAGAACACAGUGGAGGAGCUUUUCAGCCUCCUCCACUUCCUUGAACCAGCGCGUUUCCCCUCUGAAAAUACCUUCAUGCAGGAGUUUGGAGACCUUAAGACAGAGGAGCAGGUUCAGAAACUUCAGGCCAUCCUGAAGCCCAUGAUGCUGCGCCGUUUAAAAGAGGAUGUGGAGAAGAAGCUGGCUCCUAAAGAAGAAACUAUCAUUGAGGUUGAGCUCACCAACAUCCAGAAAAAGUACUACCGGGCCAUCCUUGAGAAGAAUUUCUCUUUCUUGGCUAAAGGAGCUGGUCAGGCAAACAUGCCCAACCUGGUCAACACGAUGAUGGAGUUAAGAAAGUGCUGCAACCACCCCUACCUCAUCAAAGGGGCAGAAGAGAAGAUCCUGGAGGACUUUAGGGAAGUAUACAGCCCUGGUGCUGCUGACUUCCACCUGCAGGCGAUGGUGCAGUCUGCUGGAAAGUUGGUCCUUAUCGAUAAACUGCUGCCUAAGAUGAAGGCAGGAGGGCACAAGGUGCUCAUCUUCUCCCAAAUGGUGCGCUGCUUGGAUAUCUUGGAAGACUACCUCAUUCAGAAAAGGUACUUGUAUGAGCGUAUUGAUGGUCGUGUUCGUGGAAACCUGCGACAGGCUGCUAUAGACCGCUUCAGUAAGCCCGACUCGGACCGCUUCGUUUUCCUCUUGUGCACAAGAGCUGGUGGCCUGGGAAUCAACCUCACUGCUGCAGACACCUGCAUCAUCUUUGACUCUGACUGGAAUCCACAGAACGACCUGCAGGCCCAGGCUCGCUGCCACCGGAUCGGUCAAAAUAAAGCGGUGAAGGUGUACCGUCUUAUCACCAGGAACUCAUACGAGCGUGAAAUGUUUGACCGCGCCAGUCUCAAGUUGGGCCUGGACAAAGCAGUGUUGCAGAGCAUGAGCGGUCGAGAUAACAGUCUGGGAGGAGGCACCGGGGGAGGGGCUGCGCAGCAGCAGCUGUCCAAGAAAGAGAUCGAGGACCUGUUGCGGCGCGGCGCCUACGGAGCCAUCAUGGAUGAGGAGGAUGAAGGGGCCAAAUUCUGCGAGGAAGAUAUUGACCAGAUCCUGCAGCGUAGGACAAAGACCAUCACCAUUGAGUCAGAGGGACGAGGAUCCACCUUCGCUAAAGCCAGCUUUGUGGCAUCCGGAAACCGCACUGACAUCUCUCUGGAUGACCCUAAUUUCUGGGACAAAUGGGCCAAAAAGGCUGACAUCGAUAUGGAAAUGGUCAAUGGCAGAAACAGCUUGGUGAUCGACACUCCUCGCGUCAGGAAGCAGACGAGACCCUUCAGCGCCACCAAAGACGAGUUGGCAGAACUUUCAGAGGGCGAAAGUGACAGCGACGACACCAAGCCCAAGCUGAGACGAAACGAUCGUCUGAACAGCUACGGCCGCACAGAGUGCUUUAGAGUGGAAAAGAACUUGCUUGUUUAUGGAUGGGGUCGUUGGAAGGAUAUUCUCAACCAUGGUCGUUUUAAGAAGCAGCUGACUGAGUGGGAUGUAGAGUCCAUCUGCAGGGCCCUGCUGGCUUACUGCCUGGUUCAUUACCGUGGUGAUGACAAAAUUAAGAGCUUCAUGUGGGACCUAAUUGCUCCCUCUGAGGAUGGACGCACUAAGGAGCUUCAGAAUCACCUCGGCUUGUCUGCCCCAGUCCCUCGGGGCAGGAAGGGUAAGAAGAUGAAGACUCAGUCAAGCUCUUUUGACAUCCACAAGGCUGAGUGGCUUAGAAAGCAUAACCCGGAGCAUAUGCUUCAGGACGACGGCUACAAGAAGCACCUGAAACACCACUGCAACAAGGUGCUGCUCAGGGUCAGAAUGCUCUACUACCUGAAACAAGAGGUGAUAGGAAGUCAGGCGCAGAAGGUGCUAGAUGGUGUCGACUCCAGUGAGGUGAAGAUCUGGGUGCCAGAUCCGGACCACUCGGAGCUGCCAGCCCUGUGGUGGGAUGCAGUCGCCGACAAGUGUCUGAUGCUUGGUGUCUUCAAGCAUGGUUAUGAAAAGUACCACACUGUCCGCGCCGACCCGACCUUGUGUUUUUUAGAGCGUGUGGGGCGACCGGAUGAGAAGGCCAUCGCUGCAGAGCAGAGAGGCAACGAUUUCAUGGAUGGGGAUGUGGAUGAUCCAGAGUACAAACCUGCUCCAGCCCUGGUAAAGGAUGACAUGGAGGAUGACGCCUCCUCUCCUGGAGAUUUGGUUGUUGCUGAUAAUCCUGGAGAUGCAGCUCCGAUGACAGAAGGCCAGACGAUCUACUGGCCCUCCUCCUCUGUGUUGACAGCCAGACUGAGGCGACUGAUCACAGCCUCUCAGCGCUUCACCAAGAGCCGGCAGAUCCUCCACAUCCACCAGGUUCAGUCUCAGUCCCAGCAACCCAUGAUGCUGUCUGCUCCCCUCUGCCCAUUGCCCCCCACGCUCAACGACACUCUCAACCCCAAGAUGGCUGCGAAGAUCGAACGUCAGCAAAGAUGGACCCGAAGAGAAGAGGCUGACUUCUACCGGGUUGUCUCCACGUUUGGUGUCGUUUUUGACCCAAACCUUGGGCGCUUUGACUGGACCAAGUUCAGGGCCAUGGCUCGGCUGCACAAGAAGACAGAUGAGAGCCUGCAGAAAUACUUGUGUGCCUUCACCGCCAUGUGCAGACGGGUGUGUCGCCUGCCACCUAAAGAAGGAGAUGCUGCAGUGGAUCCUUCUCUCACCAUCCAGCCAAUCACAGAGGAGCGAGCGUCUCGCACCCUGUACAGAGUAGAGCUGCUUCGCCAGGUGAGGGAACAGGUGCUCAGACAUCAGUUGCUUUACGAACGCCUCCGGCUGUGCCAGAUGAGCUCAGACUUGCCCGUGUGGUGGGAAGUUGGCACUCAUGACCGGGACCUGCUAAUCGGCGCUGCUAAGCACGGCGUCAGUCGGACCGAUUACCACAUUCUGAGGGACCCUGAGCUCAGCUUCAUGACUUCACAACGCAACUACAGUCAAAUGAAGGCUGCUCCGCAGCAACCGCGCCCAACUGCAGCACUCAUGCAUCCUCAGUACCAGGCUUCCAGCUCAUUGAUGACGCCCCCAGCCACUCAGAGAGACAUAGACCCCUGUGGGGUUGGACUGAAAGUGGAGUCUGCUUCAGAGGAGGAGGAGGGUAAAGAGAGGCAAAGAGGGAGGUGGAGCCCUCCUCACCUGCCAGCAACUCCCACAGGUCUGGAAGAAAAGCCCGUUUCCAUGGUGAGUGACAGCGAUAGGCAGAUGGUGGCAGCACGCACCAAACCGCUCACUCCAAACUCCACCGAGAGGAAACCCAAGAAGGCCAGUAAGAGAGGCCGCAGGGAGGCCACGCGAGGCUCCGAGUCUGACUCAGACGGCUCCUCAUCGAGCUCUUCAUCACGCUCCUCUUCAUCUUCGUCAUCUUCAUCGUCAUCACAUUCCGGGUCCAGCUCCUCAUCCUCAUCAUCAUCUUGUUCUUCCGGCUCCUCAUCUUCAUCGUCUUCUUCCUCGUCCUCAUCUGAUGACAGUGACAGUGAGGGAGAGAAAGCAAAGAAGAACGUGCCUGUAUCAACAAGUGUGAAGGGCUUUGAUGAGGACAGCGUGGCCUCUUUAAGGUCUACACAGGAUGAAACACAAGAUGCCCACGUGGCUGAGAACGGUGUCGCCAGCAACUCCUCCCAUCCUUUCCAGGGAGGAGGGUACAUGCUCGCUGCAUCCUACUGGCCAAAGGAUCGUGUCAUUAUAAAUCGCCUCGACAGCAUCUGCCAGGCUGUGCUCAAGGGCAAGUGGCCAGGUCCACGUCGGUUCUAUGAGCCCGGAGGUGCAGUGGCCUCCUUCUACACCACCAAGCUGCUAGACAACGCCAACAGCCUGAGCGAGGACCCCUCUGCAUCACCACAGGGGUCAAAGCAGGAAGGAGGUCUGAAGCUGACCUUUCAAAAACAGGGUCCACCUAUGAAGAGGCCCCUGGAGUCUGAAGAAGGCCCUCAGGCCCAGCAGCAGUAUCUGGUCCGUCUUCAUGAGCUGCAGAGUGCGUCGGACACGGGUCUGGCUGACAUCACCAAGCCUCAUAGCAGCGUCCAGACUGUUCCUCCAGCUUUUACUGAUGAGAUGAGGAUGAACGGAGCUCUGGAUGGUCAGCCCCUGGUUAAAAAACGAAGAGGCAGGAGAAAAAAUGUGGAAGGGAUGGACCUGCUCUUUACGAACAGGAAUCAAGUAACUACUGUUCCUAAUCAGGCGGCCUCGGGAUGGGGAGGGAUUGGCCAGGUGGGCUUAGCUGGAGCUGCUAUGCCAGGAUCCAGUCACAGCUCGACUCAGGUUUCUGCAGACACAGAAACAAGGGUCCCUGUUAUCAACCUCAAAGAUGGCACUCGGCUCGCAGGGGAGGACGCCCCCAUGAGGAAAGACCUGCAACUGUGGCUAAAGGAGCACCCUGGCUUUGUGGCAGACACAGGAGCUUUUAUUCCGGGAGUAAAUAAAAUGCAAAUGCAGUUCCACUUCCAAGAUGGUCGACCCAAGCAAAAGAGGCAUCGCUGCAGGAAUCCAAACAAGAUCGAUGUCAACAGUUUGACCGGAGAAGAGAGGGUCCAGAUAAUCAACAGGAGAAAUGCCCGCAAGAUUGGCGGAGCCUUUGCUCCUCCUCUCAAAGAUCUGUGCAGAUUCCUUCAAGAAAACCCAGAAUAUGGAGUCCCGCCUGAAUGGGCUGACGUAGUUAAACAAUCGGGUUACCUCCCAGAGAGCAUGUUUGACCGGAUCCUAACAGGACCCAUUGUUCCUGAGGAGGUGAGUCGGCGAGGACGUCGACCCAAGAAUCCUCUGGCAAAGGUGGCAGCAGCAGCACCCAGCCCGGCGACCUCUGCUCACGGUUUGAACCCUCUCCUGAAUAACGGCCUCCUCUCUGGGAUGGACCUCACGAGUCUGCAGGCCUUCCAGCAAAACCUGCAGAGUUUGCAGUCCCUGCAGCUCACCGCAAACCUGAUGGGACUCCCAUCCGAUGCCAGCAACCUGGCUGCCAGUAACUUAGCUGCAAUGUUUCCCAUGAUGCUUUCUGGUGUGGCUGGAUUGCCCAACCUGCUUGGUAUGAGCAACUUGCUUGGGAAGCCUGCGCAGGAAAGUGUUGGAGGCUCUGAAGAGAGGACAAAGGGAACAGGAGAGCAUUCUAAUGCUCCCUCUCAUGCUUCAGAAGGAAAAAGGACAGAGGGCUCGAACACGACUCCUUCCUCCACUUCCAGUUGUGUUUCCUCAGCCACCACCACACAAAGUGCUUCGGCUACCUCUGCAGCCUCCAGUCACCCAGUUCCUCUUAACCCCUUGUUACUGUCCAGUAUGCUUUACCCAGGGAUGCUUCUCACUCCAGGCCUUAACCUUCCUGUGUCUGCCUCACAACCUCAGCGCUCAAACAGUGACCCUUCCAGCCUUCCUCCUGCUGCCCCUCCUCCACCUGGUACAGUGUUGUUUUGA